AUGUUCGCGCUCUCGUGGCUGUUCGUUCUCUCCUCCGUCCUCUUCUUCCACGGCGCGCGGUCCGCGCCCUACUGCGCGCUCAAGGCGCGCGACGCGCCCACCGCCGUCACCAAGCGCGCGAUCCCCGACACUCGCUUUGUCGUCUACAGCGACAAGUUCGUGUCCGGCCUGACGGGGCCCCCGCCUGUGUCCGAAAUCCAGGGCUUCAACGUCUUCGCGCUCUCCUUCCUGCUCAUCUCCGGCCCUGCGGAUAAGGCGGUCGAGUGGUCCGCCCAGCUCACCGCCGCCCAGCGCUCGUCGAUCAAGGCCGAGUACGAGGCCGCGGGCGUGAGCCUUAUCGUGUCCGUCUUCGGCUCGACGGACGCGCCGACGUCGAUCGGCGCAGACCCGACCUCGACGGCAAACACGAUGGCCGCGUGGGUCAAGGAGUUCGGCCUCGACGGCCUCGACGUCGACUACGAGGACUUCAACGCGAUGGACGCCGGGGACGGCAAGGCCGAGGCGUGGCUCGCCACUUUCACGCGCCAGCUGCGCACCCAGCUCCCCCAGGGCCAGUUCAUCCUCUCGCACGCACCUGUCGCUCCCUGGUUCUCCGUGAACAGCCUGUUCUCCGCCGGGGCCUACCUGACGGUGGAUAAGACCGUGGGAAGCCUGAUUGACUGGUACAACGUUCAGUUCUACAACCAGGGUUCGACCGAGUACACGACGUGCACCAGCCUGCUGAACACCUCUGGCGGGAGCUGGCCCAAGUCGUCCGUGUUCGAGAUCGCGGCGGCGGGCGUGCCGCUCGACAAGCUCGUCAUCGGCAAGCCCGGGCUUUCGUCCGGCGACGCGAGCAGCGGGUUCAUCGAUCCCUCGACGCUCGCCGGCUGCCUCGCGCAGGCCAAGGCGAAGGGGUGGGGCGCUGAUCACAGCUCACGGUACUCGCGCUCUCCGCCGCCCGCCUUGCGACCUCAGACGCCGGCGCUAUGGUUGGGAGUUCCCCGACGCGGCGGCGUCGUGGAUCAAGACGGUCCGGUCUCAGCGUUCCCCGAGUAA